UUAUUUAUCUUUGCUGCUUAUUCCAGACAGAUAGAAAAGUUUAAAAUUGGCGGGUCCGUAUCUUUGUUGGGGCGCCACCACAAAGUGAUUUGUGGGCGCCACUGGCAUAUUGUAGGUCAAGACAGAUGUAGGUCAAAAAAGUGUCGGUAGCAUGAACUUUGAUCUACUGUUGUUGAUAUGAACUAAACAAUGUGGUUAUCCCACCGCGAUUAUCCUCUCCCAACAAUUUAAACAAUAAUUUAUUUAUGCAAAUGCAAUUUUGUAAUAGCUUUAUUAGUAAUAUAAUAGUCGGGGUAAAGUUUGAAGAAAAUGGACAGGGAAGUGACCGACAAGAAUUUAAAUAGAAUUUUAACGAAAGGAUGGCUGUACAGGGGAGAGGGAAACGCUAACGUGGUUUUAUCAUUGCCCUCUUGUCAUAAAAUUCUGAGAAUAAAAAAAUGUGAUAAACCCCAAACGAUUUUGCAAUGGUUUCUAUUUUGGAUUAUGGAAAUAUUUCACUGGGACAUUACGAGCGAUAUGCAACAAGAAAAGCGGGAUUUGGAUUUUUACAAUUUAAUUAUGGUUCCUCUAUUAGGUAGUUGGUAUACUCAACCGGCCGUUAGUAUCGAAACGACGAAAGGUGAUAUAAAAAAAUUAGAAUUUGAAUUGGCAAAUUUUAGACCUGAGAAACGUAAGCAUAAAGGCCUAAAGGUUGGAAUGGCCUCAAUAUUUGUCGAUUAUGCUUUUCUGCCUACUACGUUUAAUAGUUUCUGUAGAGAAGGCGUGACUUAUGCAGUCGAGAUUAAACCAAAAAAAGGUUUUAUGGAGGAUGAUAGAGUCAUUGAUAAGUGUCAGUUUUGUGUGAAACAGUAUUUAAAGAUAAAAAAUCAGCAAAUUAAAAAACUGAGUUCCUAUUGUCCUCUGGACUUAUUUUCUGGAGAUACAGAGAAAAUCUGUAGGGCACUAAAAGCGCUCAUCUCCAACCCCCAAAAUAAUUUGCGAAUAUUUUGCAACGGAGUCUACUAUUACGGCGAAAACACGUCGCAAGACAAAUUUUAUACGAUGCUAAACGAACUAUUCGAAUGCAGCGACAAUGAUUUAAUCAACCAUUUUUGCGCUUUGGUAACGCGGGCGUUACUUAAGGCGUCUCCGUUGAAUCGCAAUUGUUUACAUUGCGAUGACGCCGGAACGGAAACGAAUCUACCUAAAGGAUGCGUUUUGGAAAGGAUACUAGCUUUACAAAAGUUGAAUCGUUUAGGCGUCGCCGAAUAUAAUAACGUCUUGAAGAAGUUAAAUAAAUGCAAAAGCAAUAAUUUCAGUUAUGUUGAUCGUUUACUGAAAAAAAUUAGUUCCGAUAACGAGUUUUGUCCAAGAUGCACUAUCGAGAAAGUAAUCCUCGGUUCUGAAAAGUCACAACCUGACGAUCUAGAUUUAGUACCUUACAUGAUAUCUGCCAUUGCUAACGAUUUAUCUUUAAUGGUUACCUUCCAGAAGAUACCAAAGCUCGCUUGCGAACACGAAGAUAGAAUAAUUCAAGUAAAAGAUUUACGAUUUUUUGUUGACAUUGGCGUGUUUGAUUUGUAUCCGAAACCAGUGUCGACCAUUGAGAAGCAUAUGAAAGUACAAAUGGAAAUGGAAACUGCAUAUAUGUCGGCCAUGCAAGGAUCGGCCUGAACCCAAAUCUUACUGUUAAUUUUAUUUAUUUAUGUUAAUAUUUAUUUGUAAAAUGUUGUUUAAUAAUUUUUGUCCAUUUUUUAAAACUAAAACUGUGAUACUUGUUUGGGAAGCGUAUAUAGUGAUCUGUAAAUUUUAAUUUUAAAACAAUUUUUUAAUCCCAUGUGAAUUUUUAGUGUAGGUACGAUUUUUAAUGAUCUAUAAAUGAUUGUGAGAUUGUAUGGAACUUCCUAUAAUGUUGUAAUGUAUGAUUGCUAGUCUCAUUUUAAAUUUUUACCAUGUUUUUAAAAAAUUAAAUAUUUUGAUUUUUAACUGUCAUUGGUAUGUUUACAUAAAUUGGCCUAAAACAAUAAAUUAUUUAUGUAAGUUUUUAA